GUCAUAUGAUAAGUCAAGAGCAGGCCCCUGGAUAGCUUUGGUGUUUCUACAUUCACAAAGUAGAUUUGGAAGACAGAAGAGGCUACCAAUAAGUUUUUGAACCCUUUUUCGAGAAAACUUCGCAGUCACUGCGCAGACAUUAGACUUCAGCAAAAUGCCUUCCGAUCACUUUCAAUUCAGCUUUCAUGACCCCAUUGAUCUUGAAUGCACAAUCACAGUAAUAGUGUACAAGGCAGUAUCAAGACUUACACCAAUAGCCGGACUAAGGCCAGGCACAGCGAGGCCAAAUGCAGACAGGGUCAGGGAACUGGUUAAAAUGCUAACCACCGACGACCUUCUCGUGAAUCCAAAUCCUACAAGAACACUGCAGACUCUUGAUAGGCCUAACAUACGACUUGACACGCAACCAGCAACAAAUGUUUACCGAAACCUCCAUGUUCAACAAGGAACAUCAUCGUUCGCAGUCCUAGCGAUUGAACAUGGUGCUGAGGUGUGUCAUUUUUUCAAUUACAGUAGAAAGCUUUUGGGUUAUGCACAAGAUGGCCUUAUGGCAAGUUUUCGAGAUUCAACCAUUUGGAAUAUUCGAGUCAGAUUUGAACGCCGCCGGAAACAAAAUCAUAACGAGAAGAAACCAGUGCCAGUACCUCGUCCUCCAGUAGUUUUGACCCGUACCGGAAUUGAUGAAGUACUUGAAAAGGGAAUGCCCAAGUUUCAAGAAAUUGCGAAGCGUCUCCGAGAAGGAAUUAUGGCCAGCGGAAAGUUUGCCAAAAACUCGAGCAUGAUCACUCGAGGAACAGAGCUGAUUCUCCAUAUUGAACAAGAUAUUGAGAAGGGGGUUAAAAAAGCAGUUGAAAAAGAAGGUGCGCAUAGUCUCGAGAGAAAGAUUCCAAUCGUGUCCACAUUAUUUGGCCUGGUCUUCGGAGCUAUGCGCUUGAGAGAAGGUGACUUUGCAGGGGCAUUUAUGGAGGUGGCCUCGGGGGUCGCUGCUGAUAUCCCUGGAUAUGGUACAGCAGCAUCUCUGGUCAUUGAUGCUGCCCUGCUUGGUAAGGACAUUGCUAACACAAUCGCUGAUGAAAAGAACAAGAAAAGGCUAGCAGAAAGUGACAUUGCGGAAAUAAAAGAAGAAAAUAAACAGAUAAGGGAAACCUUGGCAGGACUGUUACCUAGAUCAGAAUUAUAUGGCUUAGGCACCGAAGGGUACUUUGACGAGUCUGACCUUGCUGUAGUUGAUGAUAUUAUCAAGAUUCAUGUUAACUGCGGAGAGUUAAUUGAUGGUAUACAGGUAGAGUACAGGCAUGGAGGGUUGGGAAACCACCAUGGAGGCCACGGUGGUGAAAGGCGCACGGUCCACCUCAAGAAUGGUGAGCAUGUCACAACCGUCAAAGGGUCAUUAUUUAUCGAUUUCAAGAAGCGAUCAAUAAUCAGCAGCCUCACAUUCAUCACCGAUUACGACAAUGAGUACACCUUUGGUUCUCCAAAGGGACGCCCUUUUGAGUUUGAAAUGUUGGAUGGUACCCACUUGGGUGCCAUUCAAGGAUGUGAUUUCUUCUCGGGAAGAAAAAAGGCUGUACCUGAUUGGGAACAAUAUAUUGAAUUGUUGCCUGCAAUCAGGUUUGUUUCCACGUACAGCGCAAUUGACUUCGCAUAGAUGUGUGCAGGAUGGAAAACUGCAUUGAAUUCAACUGCGCCUUGUAGGAUGACGUUUUCUGCAACCUUUUUUUAUAAAUACCCAAGAAAUGUAGCAAAAUUACCAACUAUUAGAUGAAAAGUUACUGAUUUUGACACUCCGAACAAAUCCGUAUCACCCAAGUCACUGUGAUAUGAGAGAUGAGGUUCAUACGUUAGGGAAAAAAUCUUGUGCCAAUCCCAUUGUCCACAGGUUCUUUUCCAUCAUACCUCUUACUCCAACAGUCACGAGGGGAGAUUCUUGUGUGGUUUGAAGGCCUUAUGGUGCCAUUGUGCCUUUUAACAGUUUUGAUGAUUUUUGAAUUACGCCCGGCCCCAGGGGGCGUUUCUUGUGAAAAAACUACUUUGGCUUUAUCUCAUGAAUGCUGCCAGCUAAAAUCAUGUAAUCUUUACUGUCGACACUGCUCAUGAGACUACAUCACAUAACAGGCUACCCGGGAAUUCGAUGUGAUCUACGUUUUAAAGUCACAGGGAUCAAAAAGUGUAAAUUUACCACACUUUGUUUCCCGAGCAUAAUUCCUCGGCCCCUGCGCGUACGUCAUGUGAAAAUCUACUUUUGGUUUAAGGAAUUGAACCCGAGGCGGAGGA